GUAACAUUUCCAUCCAGGGUAUGCACUCGGCAUGUCCGAAAUGUUCUAUCCUAUCCCUUUUUUUGUCUAAUAUCAUAUCGGCACGAGCCCGUUUAAAGUAGACUACCGCUAAGUCUCAGUCGCUUAUCGACCGUCAGGUUUUGAUAGUGAUAAGAUAUGCCCCUCACACGUGACCCUCGUCUCGUUGGGCAUUUCAUGAAUUUCCCAGAACAUGAAAAGCUGCUUUUUCGAAGGAGAAAGUUUUUUUAGACGCUAGAUUAUCGCGCGCCGAGAAUGCCAUUCCAAUCCACCCUAAUACUCGAGUACUUGUACUCGUACAGCUUCACACGUGGCACAUUUGCCACUCGGCUCUCUGCGAAUUUGCCUUCUUAUUAGUCUACUGUGGCUUGAUAGAAUUCUCCACACCCUUUACAGCACUUCAUUACCGGCGAAUUCCGCCGUGGGGAAUGGAUGGACUUGGAUAAUUUAACGAUUCGCGAGCUAUCACAUGUAAUGUGUGAUGCAACCGUAAUCUCCAGAGUCGAAGCUCAUCCUCUCCACCAACCUGCACGACCAUAGUUGCGCUUGCUAUGGUACCGGUACCAUACUCUACUUGCCUCAACAAGACGAACACUAUGCCACUUCCAGCUUACGCGUCAAGCUAUCAAAUCCACUGCAGCACCUGCACCUAUUCUGUUGAUCGCCAAAAAUCAGACUCUCGCCACUUGAGUUGCUGCGGAAGAAUAGUCUGUGGCGACUGCAUAGCUAAAAACCCUCGAUUUGGAAUCUACUGCCCGUUCUGCCAAUCACCUUUCCCCAAACGAAGUGGGGAUGGGGGAGGUGAAGCAGAGAGGGAAACUCCAUUCCGACCGCUGCCUCCUCCAUACGCUCCCUCAGCCCCAAGCCCCCCUCCACCAUCAUACUCCACAAACGGUGGGGUAAUCCACUACGUCCGCGCGGCGGAUACACUCCCGACCAUAGCUCUCCAGUAUAACCUCCCCCUUCCACUAUUACGCUCACAUAACCGCAUAUUCUCCGACCACCUCCUACAGGGCCGACGGAGCGUGGAUAUUCCAUCGCCGCCGUACGUUGGACCCUCACUGUCUCCAGCGCCGGAAGACGUAGAAGGGGAAGGUCGCAAAGCCGCCACCAAGAGGUUUCAGUUGAAGACCAAGUGUCUCGAUGCGGACGUUGCGGACGUAUACCUCCAGGAAGCCGGGUGGGAUGAAGAACUCGCCGUGAAGGAUUGGGAGAUGGACGAUAAGUGGGUUAGGGAUAACCCCAUGCUUGAGAGGAGCGUUGGAAAGGGUAAGGGCAAGGAGGUUGUGGCGGGAAAGAAGGAUUGUGGCAGUAAAUGGGGGUUGAGAGGGUUUGGGUACUGAUCGGCAGGGUGGGGUAGGGCUAUGGUAGAAUCAUAAUGCGGUAACAUCACUCUAUCAUUGAUGAGCCGGACCUGAAGCCUCUCUUCAAGCUAUGAGAGCUCUGAGUUGAGUCUAGGGUUUUUGGUGCGAUGGGUUUCAUGAUCACGG